AUGGAUCGACUGCCAGCAAACAGCAGUAAUGAGGGCUUCCCGAACGAGAACUUGUUUGGUAAUAGCCACAACUACAAUUCAUAUGACGACCUGAGUCUCUUUCCGAAUGGCACCGAUCCCACGUUCAACGAUGCUAGUUGGGGCGUAAACGCCAACCAGUCACGUGGACCGCCCGUGUCGGGUUGGCAACAGGGCGCGAACCACCACGCUGCCACAUCAUCGCAUGCAGCCUUCACCGGCCAGGCGACUCCAUACGGACGCAACCUCAACCAGAGCCCGGUGUCAUUCCCGCAGAAUCAGUUCGGAAAUUACGGUGCCCCUCCGCCCUACCAAUACCAGCAGCCACGAUACGACCCUGGCUUGGUGACACCAAAUGGCGCCGGACAGAACUUCAAUCUUGGCUCUCAUGGCUUCAACUCGCCUGUGCCGAACGGUGCAACCGUCACACCGCAAGCGCUGCAGCGCGAAGGUCAGCCUUCCGGCCUGCAGUAUGCCAUUCCGCAGAACUAUGCACCGGCAACACAGAAUAGAGCAAUCCCGAACCCGUUGCAGUAUCGGCCCGUGGAUCAGAAGACGCUGCUGGCAUCCAUACCAAAGGGCGCUGACUCUGGCAUGUUCAGCAUCAUCAGCCUUGAUAGUCUCGCUCGUGCCACAAACUCUGAGCGCAUGAACAACUUCGUCAAUGUUGGCAAGGAGGCUAUUGAGUGGAACUGUACACGAAGUGCUAUACCAUCUUAUGGUGCUCGUCAUUCACGAAACGACCUUCGCAAGCUGGUGGGCAACAAUACAACCGCAUUGGCGAAGAUCGGCAAAAAGUCGAGCAAGCACAAGAGCUAUCCGACAUUAUCUAGCGAUAUCAAGACUGUGUCGCGUACGCCUGGCGUUUCGAGUGUCAAGCAAGAGCCUGACUCGAGCAGCUCGGAGGACUCAUCCAGUGAUGAUGACUCUGAGUAUUCCGAAUCGGAGGACGAAGAUGCACCUUUGCCGGCGAAGAGACCUGACAACGCUCGAGCGGGUGUCGAAUACGAUACCAUCAAGGCGCUUUGGUACAGCAAGCGGAGACAAUUGACUACUGACACCAUCAAGAAGCGUCUUAUUGAGUUCUGGGAGCUCAUGAAGACAAUCCGUGACCGCUGGAAGAACGAUCAGGAAGCCGUGGCUAACGCAGAGGAGAACAAGCAGACUGGUGAUCUGACCUUCCUCCAGAGUCGAGUCAAGGACCAGCGGGACAUGGCGGAGGCUGCAUUUAGAGCGGCGCUGAAGCAUGGCCAUCGAGGCAUUAUCGAAGUACUCGCAGAGAACACCGCCCUGAUAUUCCUGUGCUAUCAAUUCUUGCUCGACCGCUUCAAGGCAGAUGAUGUGAACGGGUCCCUAUCCCGUGCGAUUCUGGACCUCAUGAGCAACUUCACCACCCUCACGACCGAAAGAAGCGAAAAGGUGCAUCUGGUCAAGAUUUUCCCCCGAUAUGCGAAGAGAGGCGAUGCGAGGACGAAGCACUGGGUUGGAAAGAUUCUUGCCAACAUUGAUGCAGCCGACAAAGAGGCUGCUGCGCGGGCAGAGCGCAGGGUGUCUGAGCAGCCCGCUGCAAAAGCAGACCAAACCAAGCCAUCGUCUCCACCUGUAAAGAAAGCGACACCCCGGUCUGUUGCCGGUGUCAAGCGCGCAGCGACCACUUCUGCAGACGGUGCCGUGCAGAAGAAGGUUGCAACCGGUGCAGUAAAGCCGAGCUCAGCACCAACUGCUGCAUCGAAGACGAACGGCGUAGUGAAGAAGCCUGCGGUGACUGCACAGAGUCUGCGAGGCGACGCCACGAAAGCAGCUGCGUCUACAGCCAACAAUACUGCCACAAGGAAGACUGUUGUAGCAAAACCUUCUGGCUUCUUCUCAAGUCUGCAGUCAGCACAAAAGAAACCGGGCACAUCAAAUGCCGACAAAGCAUCGGCUGCCACGGGCAAGCAAGCCACCGCAAAGCCAGCUGAGCCAGUCAAGUCCGGUUUCUCGUUCGCGGAGACAAUGGCUCGUAUCUCACAACCCAAGGAAGAGAAGCCAGUCCCCAAGAAGGAAACAAAGGUCGUGCCAAACGAGACUCCAGAGGAGCGUGCCAAGCGGAUUCGAAAGGAACAGCGUCGCAAGCUGCGUGUCGAGUUCAAAAAGGGUGAAGACCUCGUGCAGAUCAAGUACUUCACUCACGAUCCAGAAGAAGAGAUCAAUCAUGGUGAAGGACAGAUGCGAGACAUCUCUGAUGCUGGCGGAGAAGGCCGUGCGCUGAAACAGUCUCAGCUGAUGGAUAUUGACGACGAGGACGAUGCCGAGGAGGUUCAAGAUCUUCGCGCACACGAGCCGAUCACCCUCGUGGACUUUAGCAAUAUUGACAAGGAGGAACGUGAGCGCAACUAUGCGCCAUAUGGUGGCGGCCUUGUAGAGCCAACGUCGGCUGAGCGCGCUGUGCGGGAACACUAUGAGAAUAACAAUCUCAUCGUCUUCUACACAAGCCGCGACGAGAUCCCACCCAACCCUCGUGAGCCUGUCGAUCCAUAUAAUGGCGAUCAAGGUGGUCCAGCCAAGCAAUUCGGGAGACCAGAAGAGCAGUACUGGGCUCGAGCUCAAGCGAGACAGGCGCGACGACAGGGCCAGCACAACUACAGUCAGCCGAUGGCUCCUCCGUACGGCUGGCCUCAGCAAGCUCAGCAGUUCCAAGCCCCGCCACCACCACCUCCACCGGCCGGAGGCGUACCGGACAUUGCCUCUAUCCUGGCCCAGCUUGCACCGGCAGGCCAGCAACAUCAAGCCUCAUACGCACCGCCAAUGCCCGCCACAACACAAGGCUGGAUGGGUGCACCAGCGGCUGCUGCACCGCCACCACCUGCCGGUGUUCCUGAUCUGAGCGCCAUCCUGGCAUCACUGAACGCCGGCAACACCCAGGUGGGACAGAACAGUGCCGCUGCUGCUCCAACGAUGAACUAUGGUGGACAAGGUCAGCAGCAGCAGCAGAGUGGCAAGAACCACCCCAACUACAAAACAAGAGUGUGUAAAUAUUGGCAGGAGGGAACUUGCAACAAGGGUGACAACUGCAGCUAUCGUCACGAGUAG